AUGCCGCGAUCGUCCUCGACCGCGCGAGCGGUCGAAAACGCGCGACCGACGGGCGAGGUGACGACGACGACGACGACGCGUGCGUCGGGAGAGAAGGUUCGAAUGGGUGUUUCGUCGGAUACGAGGGGCGCGAGGCCCGGGGGGGGGGUCGAACGGCGGCGACGGCGGGUGUCCGUCGUCGUGCGGGUGUUGUGCGCGCUGGCGUUCGUCGCGGAGGCGCUGGGGGCGCCGACGGCGGACGUGUGCUACGGCGCGCGGUGGGAGCCGACGCGCUCGAGCGCGAAGGCGGCGCACGGACUCACGACUCGGCCGAUCACGCGCGUUCCCAAGGGACACCCGACGUACGAAGACGCGUUCAUGAAGGCGUGUUUAAAGCUGGGAGACGGCACCUAUAACACGACGGCGGCGAAGAACGUGACGCUGCCUCGUACGGUUGAUUUCAGCGCGACUUCGUACGCGACGAACUCGGCGAGCGGGGCGUGCGCGGAUUCGAGCGCUCGAGCGCUCACGGCGGGUCAACUGUUUUAUAAUCGAGCGGAUAUCGGAGCGAGCGCGCCAGCGGCGUUCGCGGCGUCGAACACCGGGUUCGAAAAGGAGAACACGGUGAGGAUCAUGUUUGUGAGCGAUGACUCGGCCGGGGCGCACAUCGUGGUGCUCACGGGCGAGAGCUCGAGUUCGAGCUCGUCGAUGAACUCGAUCAAUCGUGCGAUCGGGUUGUACAUGGAGGGCGCGCCGCUCACGGGCGCCGCGAUAGAGGAGCCGCGCGAUCUGCCGUUGAGCGCGUCCUCGUGCGAUCCAAGCGUUCCUUCAUCGUCAGAUUGUUACGAGCUCGACACAAUCUACGGUCGCGGUAAGUUCCUCUUUGGCGCGGGCGUGCAGCGAGGAGUCGUCAUCGGCCACAUAGACGACGUAAACGCCGAGAUUUCGAUGAAGUUCACGCUCAUCGAUCGCUCGACUCCGGCGAAAACAGUGGAGCUUGCUACGUUUGAUGAGACGACGAACAUUGUCUCGUGGCAGACAAUCCCUUCGUCGGUCGCGCUGAGAGGAUUCUCGAUUCGUAGCUUGCAGUGCGACGACCACUGCUUAAGUCACGAUUCGUGCGCGUCGUGCGCCGCCGAUGACGUCUGCGGAUACUGCGCGGCGUCAAAGUCGUGCGCGUGGAUUGACAGCAAUGCCUCGUGCUCGAGCGGUUUCGACGUCUUGGGUGAGUGCUUGGACACGUGUGGGUCGGCGUUAACGUGCGGCGAGUGCUCCGAUGUGAGUGGAUGUGGUUGGUGCCACACAACGGGCAGGUGCACGGCGUCAAAAAUCGACGGGAGCGGUCCACAGGAUGGCCGUUGCUCCACGUUUAGCGUCGGUCCGAACGCGUGCGAGACGUGUCCGGGCGCCAUAGAUUCGACGCUGUUGCCGGCGUACGUCGACACCGACGUCAUCACCGCUUUUUGUAAUGGUCGCGGCACGUGCGAUGAUGAGACUCGCUCGUGCACGUGCAAGAGCGGUUACGGCGGCGAAGGAUGCGAGAAGAUGUGCCCGGGAGGCUUGAGUAAUCCGUGCUCCCGGCGAGGCAAAUGCGAUGGCGCCACCGGCGAGUGCUUCUGUUAUCCAGGUGCCGCUGGUUCACGAUGUGAAUCGACCACCGCGGUCGCAGGCACAUGUGAGUGCGGUUCGUCGUUUACGUAUCGCAACGCCGACGGCACGUACUCGACCGUGUGUUCGGGACGCUUGGACGCGAACGCAACGUGCACGUGUUUGGCGGGAUGGUCCGGGACGAACUGCGACGUGGCGUGUCCGGGCAUGAUAUCGACCGCAGGGCAGAGCGUGUGCGGCGGUCACGGUACGUGCAACGUGGCGACGGGGGUGUGCGAUUGCGAGCCAUGCUUCUCGCGAAAUUCCUUGACGGGUUUGUGCGAGCAAGACACGUGCGCGACGUGUAACAGUGAGACGGGCGUGUGCUCGUGCGUCAGCGGCAGCAUGCAGUGUGUUUGCCGGGGCGCGUUCUCUGGAGGCUCGUGUGAUAGCGGGUGCGACUGCGUGAACGGACGAUGCGAUUCCUUGACUGGAUUGUGCAAGUGCGACCCGGGUUACGGCGGGGAACUGUGUGACACAGUCAUCUCUCCGCAGCCCGUAUGCGUUAACGGAGCUUGGAAUCCUGCGCUCAAGAAGUGCGUGUGCACGCCCGGAUACACCGGUGAAUUGUGCGAUGCGACGUGCAUUUCGUGCAACGGGCACGGUACGUGCAACGACGACGGUACGACGUGCUCCUGUUACACGGGGUUUGACUCGUCAGCAAACUGCUCGUCGUGUUUGACGGGGUACGGACCGUACCCAGAGUGCGGUAGGAAGCUAACUGAUGGUGCGUGUACGGAUGAUUCCAGUAUUGCGUACAAUGGGACGACGAGCUUGACGAUUUCUGGCUACCAGUGCCAGGCUUGGUCAUCGCAGACUCCGUUUGAGCAUCCAUUUAGCUUUUUGGCGAAUGAGGGCAACGCGUGCAGAAACCCAUCGAACGACGCGCAUCCGUGGUGCUACGUCGAUCACACGGUUUUGACCGGAUCGUACUCGCGUGGAGAGCCUCGAUGGGAGUUCUGCUCCGUUCCUCAGUGCAAAGCGGCGUACAAGCGCCCACCACAGGUUUGUGGCGUCUUCGGCGCGGAGGCUGUCGUGCCGUUUGCCAAGAAUUCGUCAACCGGGUUGUUGAACGCCGUGGAUCGAGACCAAGGUACGGAGUCUGGUGGCAUCGUCACGCCUGAGUGCGGUGCGAUCAACUUGACCACUUAUCGCGACGUCAAAUUGCAUGGAGACUUUGUCGUCCGAUUUAACGAGGGAUUAAGUUCCACGGGCUACUCGCGUCGCGUCAUCGAGGCGGUGGGACUCAAGAGUACGUCUGAGCACGCGAGCGUGGAGGUGUGGAACGAUGGCACGGUAAAAAUCAACGGAGCCGACCCCUCUCUCCCGUAUUCCGACGGCGGAAACGGUAUUUUGUGUGUCUCGAACUGGAUGUCAGUGAGCUCUGGGUUGGCGAGCACCACACUGUUGCAAAUCACGCUCUCCGAGACCACUGUGAUGAACAUCACGCGUCUGACCGCGGGUUCGAUCCCCCAACUCGUGGUCGUGCUCAGUGUGCCAAAUAACACGACGGCGUCGGGCAUCUGCGCUACGUCCGGAUCCGCAACGAGCGUCGAUUUCGCGACCAACCAGGUGAAUGACGCUCCUUGGGAGUCGCGCUCGAGCGCAACGCCCCUCACGUGUACCAAUACAAUGGGUACCGCCACGGCGGCACCGACGGCCAGGGAGAAACGGUGGUGCGACCAAUGCCAGUACUUGGGUGAGAUGUACGAUGCGUGCGAGAGACACAUGACGGAGGAGGGCUUCGCUUUCGCGCGCGCCGCGGUUAUCGAAGCAUGCCGCAUGACUUUCGUGGCCAUUUACGGAUUCGAUCGCACGAUUCCAGCGUAUCUCACGCAGGUGCCUACGUCUGCGGCGACGCUUUCGGAUACAGUGGAUCCUUAUGCACAGUAUGAAGUUCCGAUCGAUGACUUUUACGAUAGCUUUGAUGACCGCUUAGUGUUCGACGUCGACGAUGUCGAGGACGAGCUACCCGAGUACAUCAUCGGAGAAAAAGGGACGGCGAGCAAACGAGAGCGCGUCGCGGGCUUGCCACGCCAAAUCGACGGCGAUACGGACACUGUGCAGGCAUUUCCGUAUCCAAGACUGCAGGACUCGUGUAGGAGUUCUGCUAAUAUUGGUGAAAAUUCUGGGUAUCGCACGUACACGCUGAACUACAACUCAAAAACGGACGAAAUGUUAGAGAUCACCAUGUGCGGCUCGGCGACGAGAAAUAUCGUGGGUGUGUAUGAGGUGGACUUCCGUGACGUCACGUCCUCCAUCAUGGCUCCCGGAGAUCCGGGGAACAACGACGGGAAAAUAGAAUUUUCAUUCACGCCCUGGAUCACGGGUCUCGCCGUGUACGAGGUCCGAUUUGAUUACAAGUUAGCGUCCAAUAAGGACACAGUCAGGUUUGACGUAAAUCGUAGCAGCGCCCCGGGUGGUGGCGACGUCAUUGGCACGUUUGAUUUCCCCCCGCCCGUCACCUCGACGGGUGCUGGACAAGUAGGUUUUGAGUUUAGCGUGCCUAGCAGUGAGUUUGGUGCGACGGUGAAGUUCACGUUGACCCCGACCUCGGGCGUCAGCGACGCUACAUCUGCGAAGAACAUCGAGCUGCGCAUCGUGCGCGUUCACGCGAAGAAUUACGUGCAAGCGGCUUCGGGUUAUCCCCCGUUCGGAGGUUUCCAACAAGUGGCGUGCGCCAUCUUCCAAACGACGCAGUGUGGCUCCCUGAAGUUCGUCGCGACGAAGCGCGUGUACGCGAUAGUGGUGUCCGGAGAUAGUGGUAACAGAGGGCCUUACAGCAUGCAGAUCAAAAAAGUGAGAGCGGAAUUGACGUCCGUGUCGACGGUAAGUAAUAACCCGGCGUUGUCGUUAGUUCGACCGAUGGCCGGACCGCCCGGAGAACUUGAUGGGACGCUGCAGCCAUACAAAUUAGCGAAAUACGGUGACACCGUCACCGUCACCGUGCGCGCAUCGCACGCGAUAGAUAAACCAAUCAUCACAUUGGGUAGUUACACGGUACCGAACGGGCUCAUCACAGGCACACCCGGUGGCUCGGUUUACACGGCUACGGUGGUCGUCGGCACAAGCAUGGUAACUUCUGGCGCAAUUACGGUGAGCGUCUCGCAGGCGAAUUCGCUGACGCUGCCUUCGCGUGGUUUUAAAUCCGUGACGCACCCGGUGGGGAGUGAUGUCGCUCUCGUCGUUCUGGACAACACUCCGAUCACGAUCAUCCGCGCGUGGGUGGUGAAUCCAACGUACGCGAUGGGGCUGAGCAAACAGGCACCUUCGAGUUGCACGAGUGAUAACGUCAACUUGACAGUGGCCAAGUACGCGAAGGCUGGAGAUUUUGUGGCCGUCAUAUUUGAACCGGACGGCGAAAAUGUUGCCACCCUCGGUGGUACUAUUGGGGGGCAGACCGCGCUUCGCUGGGUGCGGGACACGGCUCCUGUGCGUGUCACACGCGCCGUUGACGAAUUCAGGAGAUUGACGAAUCCAACUUAUGUGGACGCGGCGUACGCACGCAUCGAUGAUCUGAACGUGCCAAACGGUGUGCUCGAUUUCUCCAUCACGUUCACGGAUCGUAUUGGAAAUCAAGGAUUGCCCAUCACCUCGGCUCUGGGCGCACCCGCGGGGGUCACAGCGAGCUCGUCCCUCCGCGAUCGUCUCAACGCGGCGCAAUUGUUGUACGACAACACGCCGCCGAGAGCCAUAGUUUGGAGCCCCAGUUAUGGUGAUAUUUUUUCUAACGCCGCCGAUCUGGCUCAGAUGCGGCAGAACUCUCGCAGUGAGACGAGCGCCUACAAUCACUUCGACGUCAUAUCUCCGAGCGCGAGAAAGUAUCGCCUCGGUGACACUGUCGUCAUAAACUCUGAGUGGUCCGAGCACGUCACGCGACCGUACGGCACAUAUUUCCGAUCCAGCGCUUCAAGUUCGAUUUCGAUUCGGCAGUCCUACAUCACAAUAACCGGCUCGGGUGGAUCGCUCACGGGCAAGUCGGCUUGCUUUCGCAAAGAAUUCCGUCCUCGAGCGGUGGAAUCCGUGAGCGUGGCGAGUGGUUACAUUGGGCAAAGUUACGAUGUCACAUUGUACCAGAAGAAUUGGCAAGCGAGGGCCGUGAUGACGGAUCCCUGCGAUCUCGUCGGUAAAGGUGCAUUAGCGUGGAGCGCCCGAGCGGAUUGUCAGGCUGAAUCAUUCGGCGGUGGCUCGCUGUGGAUUCCGAUGUGGUCGGCGUGGUGCCGACACGGUUGGGGCACUCUCGGAUAUUCUUUCAUCGGUGGUCUCGACCCAUCCGCAAACAGAGCGACAGCCAUGCGUCAGGUGAGUAAAUCGCCCGAUAACGGUGACGUAACCGCGGUGAUUCCCACCGUGGCGUCUGCAAACGAUGUCAUCAUUAGCGCGCCAAUUCCACUAGCCUUCAAGGGGGAGCCGCCUGCAUACUUGAAUCCGGUGUCCAGGGUCAGCUGGGAGAACGCUCCAAAGGUGAUUGAGGUGUACAUUGAGCCGCAGACUGUUCGUUGGAAUGAAUACAGACGCGUCGUGAAACGAGGCGACUCAUUGCAGAUUCAAUUAUACACUGAUCAGCCCGUAAAGGGUGUGCGCGCCUGGAUGGGCAACGACGAAGCGCUUCCAGCGGCGACGCACGUGGAAGACCUACCGAGCGCCAUGCACGUUGAACUUCCGGGACAGUCAGGCGUAUCACGCGGGAUGUCGAUGAAGGCUUGGUUAGCGGGACGUGGUUUGCUCGCGCUCGAAACUGAACUGUACAACGAUGGCGCCACGUUUACGGAUGACAACGAUUGGCUCGACUGGUUGAUGCGCACGUCGUACAACUACCGUCAGCCCGUCCCGAAUGUCCCGAAUUAUCCAAAUGCGGCUGUCACGUGCGCGGGCUUCUGGGUCCAACGGGGCAAGACAGUUAACGGGAGGUUCACGGUGAGACGGCUGUGUCCAAACAGAUAUUACUUGCGCGUGAGCGCGUACGCAGCGCAAUCUCCGACGUGCACUGACACGAACGAUCGGGUGUACAUUCCCGAGCCCGGCGCGUACAAUCUCUGGUACGUCAACUUCAGAUAUCUGGCGAAGCAUCAAAUCGGUCUGAGCGAUGGAGCGUUCCAAAUCAAAUGGCAGCUCCAAGACAUGACUGGCGCGUGGUUGUCCAAAGAAACAUCUACGAAUUUCUUCGCAAACGCAGACAUUUCGGCGGAUGUCAAUCACCUCACGAGCGCGCAGACUUACGCGGUCGGACCCGGGUUCGACCCGGCGGUAAGUUGUGGACGGAACACAGACACCGCGUACGAUCAACCCGGAUCCGCUCCGUGGGCUGUGCAAGACACGAUAGCGCCGUCGUGCGCAGGCUCCACGAACUGUGCGAGCACCACCACUUUGCUCAGCGUCGUCAGUAGCGGCGGUCGUGCGUACCCAGGCGUGACGAACCCCACACCAUCUCAGGUGGAAUUCGUCGCUCUCGCUGGCGAUAUCGUCACGCUCGCCAUCGAGUUCACGGAAUACAUUGCGAGUGGGCUGCACAUUGUCCUGAACGACGUACUCCGCGUGCCAGCGACGAGCGUGAACGGCUACACGGCGACGUUCGCGUUCACGGUGUCGCAAGAACUCGCUAACGAAAAUGCGUACUUGAACUACGCAGUGUACAACCUUCAAGACGUGCAGCAAGAGAACACAGCCACAGGUACUUUCAAUACGGAUGCGUUCUCGAAUCAAAAGUUGCAAUUGCAAGCCGCGAGCGAGACGGAUGCGUUUGAGCUCAGCGGCGGAACUUGUAACGUGACGAGUAGCAACUCCGUGAGUCUGCGGCACGCCAAAGAUGAUGACAUUGUCACGGUCAACUUGACGCUUCCGGCUCCCCCCUCUGGAGACGGGGCGAUGGAUAUCGUGGAAUCGAAAAUUGCAGGAGCCGACGUUGUGGCGACGACUUCGUGUACGGCAAAAACGUGCUCCGUCGAGAUGACACGCAGGGUGAGCAACGUAUCGCCAGACUUCGUGGACGGAAACGUCGUUCCAUGGACCCUGGUUGCGAUCGCGAUGCACUCUUGCUCGACGGACCGUAGUAAGGCCUGCAUGACGCGCUUCAAGGUGACGUCUUGUUCGAGUACUGUCACGGUGGAUUUCACUCCACCGUACUUGGUCUCCGUCGCGCUCAGCGAACCGACCACGAAUAAAUUGGCCGUUUUACACGGCGGAGAUAUCGCAGUUGACGUUCGGACGAGCGAAAAGAUGGAUUCUCUCACGUAUUUCCUGUACACCAACGGUACGGAGUGUUCUCACGAACUCACGGCGUCGCCCGAGCGUAUUGUUUCGUGGGACUUCUCGACGUUCGUCGGACGCAAUACGCUGUCGCCCGCCCGCACGAAUUCGACGGGCGCCAAGGCGCUCGAGUGCUUGCUGGAAAUCAUUUGUACCACGUUUGCCGGGACAGAUAUGGCAGGCCACGCUCUGACAAAUCCGACCACUUGCCGAAACUUCUCCCCGACAUCCGCUCCCAGUGACCCUGGUUGGUUCAUGUUCAACAACGUGACCGAUGGACCGUCCUUCCAGACAUUAGAGGCACCGAUCGGCUUGAAUUGCAUGGACAGCUCCGUCGACGUGUCCGCCUGCGCGCUGAGCCUUGCCUCCGCGACGCUUGAAUACGGGAAUUAUAUGCGGGCUAAAAUUACCUCGGGCUAUCCGAUUGCCAUCACCGAUUUCGAGCUCGAUGGCAAAAAAAUGAGCGAAAGCGCGAGCGCUUCGUCGCCGUACACGAGCGACAAUGCGUGGCGCAUGGCGUGUCGUGAUCAAGUUCGGGAUGACUUGUGCGUGAAAUACGCGACGGGCGACGCGUGUCGCACGUACCUGUGUCCGACGUGCGUCUACGCCGGCAUGUGUGACUUCUCGUGCGGUUACUGCGAUAGUCGCACAGGGUUCUCGAAGUCGCACACUAUCACGCUCAAAACGACAGAUUUGGGACUGGACGCCGAUGUCGCGUCAAAGCCUCUCAUCGCGCACUACGUCGUGAACCCAGCCAUUUCACCCGCGGGCAGUAUUGACACGACCAACGACCUCUCCAAGAAUCUCACGUACACCGCGCCGGUAGCGUCAGACUCGUGCGCUGGUCGCUGCGGUGGCGCAGCAAAUACGUGUGACUGUGAUCCGACGUGCAAGUUACGAGGGACGUGCUGCGCGGACGCGGGUCACUGCUGCGCCGUCGGUACGCCCUCUUCAGGUGCGGAGAACGUCGACGGCGGUUGUCUGCGCCCGAACGCGGUCACUCUGACGACACCCACUACGGAAUCAUGGGGGGUGAACAACGCCGGCGUCAGAAAGAAGUACGUUAACAGAUUCUCCACGAUUUACAUCAAAUUGACGGCGAAUAAACCCAUCGACGUUCGAUCUGUCCUCAUCGGCGGGGUGACGGUGCCUCAGGCGGACAUCGCGAUCGAGUACGUCGCUCAGGCAAACUCUAGGACUUUCCUGAACGAUGCGCUCGUGGCGUACUCAAGCACAAACGACGCUCUGUUCGCGACGAAAAGUGCCGACUAUUUUUCGAUCGUCAACGCACUUCCAGCCGCGGCUUACUCAUGGGACGAGUCUGAAUUUUCCAGGAAGUUCCCGGAGAUUCACAGCACGCGCGUCGCUACAAUUCGCAUCUCCGGCGCCAGUCUGGUCCCACAACCCGACGGCGAUCUUUCUUGGGAAGUGACGUACCACGAACGCUCAGGCGCACCGUUUUUCACUGACAACGCACAACUGAAGCUCACGGGUACGGGCCCGUACUGGCUCAAUCCUCCUUGGAUCACGAGCGUCUCAUACUCGCUACUUACGAGUUCAGCGGAGUGUAAUCUGACGACCCCGAGCGUGGGAGAUGUGGUAGUACCUACCGUCAACGGUUUGACGGAGGUUUUGAGCGGGCAUCAGCUUCGGACGGUGGUCACUUUCAGUAACAAAGUCGUAGUGCGCAAGUGGACCGUCGAGGGCGCGGAGACGAACUGUUACGGUACCUGCGCCAACCACGGCUUGUGCGUCCUCGAUCCGCACAUUUUACCACCGGACGAGCAUGACGAGUCGGAGUACAUCACGACUUGGACGAGCUGCCGCCCUUUCGACGAAAAAGAAAUGGAUAUCCUUGAACCCCUCGGGUGCGGAUUGCGAGAGUUUAUUCGCGCUGUCGACAGAGUGGGGAAUGUCGUCAUGCGAGAAGAAUGGAGCAACCAACAUUGCUUCAGUCUUCCCACGCCAGUUCCGAGUAAAUGUCUGGUCAAAGUUCGCGGUAUCUCUACGUGCCAAGCGGGAUACAGCGCGACUUACAAGAAGUUUGGACCCAAGUGCACCGCGUCCAUCAUUAUCGAGUCAGACGGGCCGAUAAUGGAGCCGACGGUGCAGUACUACAACGUGACAGCUUAUGCGAAUUUCCCACACGCAGACUGCAUGAUCAGACCCACAAUCGCGGGUUCUUCGUCAUCGUCUGUUUGGACGCUCACGUGCGCUGGAACAGUGGCGGCGAGCUUACCGUACGGUAACUUGCAGUUGAACGUCUCGUCGGUGCGAGAUAUGACGGGGAACCCUUGCGGUUCGGGUACAGACAAGGACACGGAUGAUGGGUACAAAGGCCCUGACGUGGUCCCCAUCUUCGUGGACAACAAGCCCCCCGAACCAACUCCAACGGUUCCGGCUAACUGUUUGCUAACUCCUAGUAGCGCGUCCGCCGUCACCAUCACGUUCAACGAGCCAUCGAUGCGGCCGCGCUUCUUUGGAUUCGGCGCCUCACUCGGCGCCGUGGUUCCCCAGACCGGCGCCGCCGCUGCAGGGUUUCACACAACUUGGGUCGUUCCCGUGUCGAUUCCGAUCACGUGGUCGGGCGGCAAUAUUCUACAAUUCAUCGUCACGGACGGCGAGGAUGAUGUUGGUAACGUGAACAGGAACUUGUACGGGAACCUCUAUGACGCGAGUCGAACCAAGGUUACUACAAACGCCAACUGGAUGAAUCCCGUCACUGGAAACGUGAACUGUACUGUCAAUGCCAACACCACGCGGGUAACGAGCGCGACGUGCGCGAACGCCGAACCGCGCGUUUUCAACAAUAACACUGCCGUGACUGUUAAUUUUACCACGAGUGUGGCUGUCGAUUUCACGAACAUGCCGGCUGAUUGCGUACAAAUCGCCGGGCAGUCUGCGAAUGUCAUCGAUACAGGCAACGGUCCCACUGGGACCCACUGGGCAGCGACGGUCGCGAACGUCGGGAGAGCCUGCGAUGGAGAGGUUCCCUUGAGCAUCUGUGUGCUCACAUCCAUCGACGGAGUCGUCGGCACGACGACGGUGAACAAGUUUUUUGGUGCAGGCAGCAAGGCUUGUCUCAUAGACAACACUGCCCCGGUGCUGCAAUUGAUAGACUUCACGAGCGAUAACCCGUACGACUCAAAGUUGGCAAUCGAAGGUGACGUCGUCACGCUGUACUUUGAGGCGAGCGAAAUGAUCACUGAACCGACCGUCAGCGUGCAUGGGGUCGAUCUUUCAUCGUCAGAUGUCGUCCCGAUCGAUUUAAUUGGCCCGAGCAAGAGGCGUUUCCCGUCGUCUCGCCUUGUUGUUACGGCACCAUCAAUCGAGACGUACGCCAUCGCGUGGAAGGCAACCUAUACCGUCAACUCCAACACGCCCGUCGGACCGAUCAAAUGGAACGCAACAGGAUUUCAAGAUCGCGCAGGGAACAGUGGAGAUCUCGCCAAGUGUGCCGACUGGAAUCCGACAGCAUGUUCAAUUGUGUACAACGGCACGACGGCUGCACAACGCAUUGUUGAGCCCAACAUCGAUUUUACUGGGAGCGUUCUUCAAUCGUUCAGCAGUUUCUUGUCAACGUCUCCGAGUGGGAACGUGAAGACGCUGUUUUCGUGCGACUCGAACGUGUCGGCGACCUCGCUGUCCGCGGCAAGCUUGGCUUCGCUGCAAACAGACCUGGUUCGGCACGAUGUCGUCGCCGGCAGCGUGUUUCAACACCACCUCAUGUCCGCUCAAGAUUUCUGGUGGCAAAGAGGCGGCGUCUGCGGCGCUGCAAACGGCCUCAUGUGUAGACAUACGUGUAGCCGAUGCAACGUCGGCGACGUCAUCGUGUACGGUGGCCAGACAAAUCUCACCGUUGCGAACAGAACAGAAACCGAGACGGCAGUUCCCGGAGACCAGUGCCCUUCAGGUGUCGGUGUUUGCAUGUGUAACCCGACGCUCGGUGACCAGUCGCAGGCCACCUAUCUGUUGAGUACCACAUCUCGUGAUCUCGUAUCCAAACCCACCGUCAAAUUCACGGAUUCCAAGAACAACUCGUACAUCGUCCCGGCGGAUUACAUCACUCCUGUGAAUCCGGUUUUAUGGCCCGCGGUUCCAACUUUCCCGGCCUCUUGUCUUCAAGACUCUGGAUUCCGCGAUGGAGUGUGUGACCCAACGCCUAAUAAUCGUGUCGGUUGCUGGGAUGGUGGCGACUGCUGCUUGGAUACAUGCCGUGAAGUCUUCAGCGAUCCGGCGUACUGUCAACAGCAAGAUUGCCAAGACCACGCGCUCAACCCGACUACUGGAAGGCCAGGUCCGGGAUUUUGGUCGACGUACAACUCCAAAUCCCUCGUAGCUCGCCAACUCUCAGUCGAAUGGCGGGUGAGCUUCACGGUGGACAGUACAGUACCUCUCGUGGAUGGUCCAAUUCAGGGGACAGCGUGCUGCAUGGAGGAUAAGAGCGGAAACGAUGUGUUGAGCGCUACGCCUGGCACCUUUGUUCUUGGAUCUCCUUGCUUGAACGCGACCAUGCGGCGUGAUACAAAUUGCCUGAAAGCAGCUACUUUGACGGCGGAUAACGGAAUGUUUGUCAUCAAGGAGAACGAGCCGGUGACUCUCAAGUUGGAUUUCGAUGGUGAACCGCGAGGUAAUCCGAGUUGUACCAUCGGUGGUGUGCCCGUCACCAUGAUCAAAUCUACGCCUUCGACGUACGAUGUCACGACGUGGUACAGCAAUACAACAGAUUCGGUGUCAGCGACUUAUGCCGCCAUCGCACAACGCAUCAAUGACGCUGAAGAGCAGAAACGCCGUCACAGUCUGCUUCCAAAUCUUUUCGAGCUGAAUCUUUUCCCGAACUGUUCCCGCGGGGUGACCAUUCCAUUCGAGUGUACGAUCACUGACUGCGGAGGAGUGCAACUGACGAUUACGGACGCGUCCGAUCGUACGCCGGACGUGUGCUUCGAUUACGUGCGCCCGGACGCAACAACUAUCUCUCAGCGCAGUAACAACACGUGCAGUCCAUUCCACGCCAAGGAUGGGGAUCACAUCACGCUCGAUUACUUCAUGGACUCUAACGUGACGCUUCCCGACUUGGCAACGCUGGCGAACGAAAAUUGCACUUUCGUGAACGCAAUCAACGGCACUAACGUCUUUUCAUGUUCCGUUGUCGUGUCCCCGACGACUCCAGAGGGAGAGGCACAAUUUCGCCUCGAAGGUAUUCGUAGCUCAGAUCCUGCCUAUUUGGACGCAGUCAACGCGACUUACACGGAACUCAAGUCGGUCUCACCGACUGGUAACGUGGUACUCGGCGGCCAACGCGUAAUCGUUGACCGAACUCCUCCUCUGUACCAAUCAUUGGAUAUGUACAGCGAUGACUGGAACAAUCAAACGUGUCAUGUCGAAUGCACGGCGCGUGUCGCUAUUUCCUCUGAUGAGGAUUUGCGCUCGUGCAACGUAACCAUUGGAGGACUGGCCGCGAUAGUGACUGGCACAGGCUCGGACCGCUUGGCAGAGGUGAACAUCACUGCAGCCAGCGGAAUAAGUCCGGGAGCGAUAAAUUUCACCGUCACAUGCGAUGAUCUCGCGUGCAACUCGAAGACGAAUUCUUCAAGUGGUCUCAUCUAUUCCUCGUCGCGUACACAGCCACUUAACGUGACAUUCUGGAGCGACAGACCCGGACAUCGUGAAGUCGCCAACGAAUUCGAUUGUUUCGUACUGGAGAUGUGGUUCUUGGAUCCUGUAAAGCUUACAAGCGUCACCAUUGGGAACAUCACGGACCGAGCUCUGAGCGAAUGGAAUCUCACCACGACGAAUGGCGUAACAGUGGUUCAGACACAGCCAUAUUCGUACUUCAGGGCUUCACACUGCAUAAACAACGAGACGAGCGUUUGGGGCACGGAAGACUGGCCCGUGGUGCCAUGGAACUUCACGUACAACUACAACGACAUCGAUUAUUCGUGGAACACGACGCAAGUCAUCCCGUUGACUGUUCGACUGGAUCUGGAACCUCCAAAGGCAGACUACGUGUACGCGUUCACCUCAGGUAAUUUUGAUCCUUCAGCCGGUCUCGGCGACGCGCUAUACUUAGAUAUCAGAGCAAGCGAACCUGUCGUGAUGCCAACGGUGACGUUUGGAGAUCUAGCCCUCAAUGCCACAUUAGUUCAUCAAACUGGUCCAUCGAGCGAAUGGCGGGCGGGUCCGUACUUCGUCAUGAACACGACGGACGAUCCAAACGUCAUCAAUGACGUCAACGGCUGUUUCUUAUUCACUGUUACGCUGAGGGAUUACGUUGAUCACGUGUCGUCGCUCUACAGCGAUCAAGUGAACGCAACCGGUUCUGCCGAUUGCCCGACAAAACGAGUGGACAUUACUCGUUCCCCACCAACCAUUGUGUGGUUGCAGACGGAGUACGUCUCCUCCCGUAACGUAAAUUUCACUUUCGCCGUCAACUCUCUGGGUAACUUGAGCUGGGUCGUUCUGCCGAGAGGUUCAGCGGAGCCAACACCGUUGCAAGUUCAGGCGGGAAGUGGUAGUGGUAAUGUCGCACCCGCGGUGUCAGCGCCGAACGGGUACGGACAGCAAGCGUACCUUGGUUCGUCCACGCCCUCACCGGGAUACGGUGCUGGUGGUAAAGGUCAAGACGAGGUUGAUAUAUCAUCGCUUGAUCCAGCGACGUACUAUGACAUUUGGUUUGUGCCUUUCGACAAGUUCGGUAAUCACGAACCGCAAGCACAGAGUCGGUGGAUUCGAACAAUCGGUCUCGACAUGCUCCUCACCUCUCUCGAGGUGCAAGAGGGUGGAUACACCGACGUCAUUCACGUGAAACUCACGCAAGCGCCCGUCGCGGACGUCAGUAUCUACAUAUUCGAGGUCAGUGGAGCCGGAAACGUCCAACUCGUCGAUCAGCAGCUCAGCAGCUCGUCGUACGUCUCGACAUUGACGAUCACUUUCACGCCGUUGGACUGGGAUAUCGCACAGGAGGUCGGAGUUCGAGCCGUCGAUGAUAUUUACGUCGAGGGAACGCAUCAAGAAACUCUCAGGUUUGACACGACGAGCCUCGAUGCUCGAUACGCCUCGCUCCCGGUGGUGAAUCGCGUGGUGAACAUCGCGGAUAACGACGAUUGUGGGGUCGUGAUCUAUGAUCCUACGAACCGACCCUUGGAGCGCACUCUUUCGUGCAGUGCGAAUCAAAUUAUCGCGCUGUUGAAUUAUUCUAUUACAGAAGCGGGUACGGCCUACGCGGACGUGUACUUGCAGGCUGCCGUCCGCGGCGACGACGUGCGUGUCACGUUUACUAGCACAGAUCUGACAUGGUUAGCCGCACCGUUGGCAGCCACGCUCACGUACAACGAGACCAACUACGACUUGGCUCAACGUCUGGCGAUCGUUCCAGUCAGCUCGUGCAAGGCUGAUCUCGAUAGAUAUGUGAACAUCUCAGUGACCGUGAGCUCUGCGAGCCAGUGCAAUGGGCUCGUGGUUCCGAAUAUUCCAGUGUACAUCGAGGACUUACAGGAAGUCGGAUUGGAGUUCAACAAGGAACAAAUCACUGGUGUGCCAGGUGUCUACGAUUUCACGAUGUCGUUAACAUCGCAACCAGAUUCAGAUGUACAAGUUGAUUUGAGUACGAUAUUGGUGGCUUCAGUUCCCGGAUCUCAGUUCACCGGGUCUGCCAAGUUUGAUUGCGGUGGGCAAGGAUCGACCUGGACAUUCCUCGCAACGGAUUGUCGCGUACCGGUGACGUGCUCGGUCGAACUUAUUGGUGACAACGCGAGGUGCGGAGACUUCACACUGUCGGUGGUGUCCACUGUCACGUCUUCGGACAGCUCGUAUAAUGGUAUCUCGAGCAACAAGCCGCUCUCUCUCACCGUUCUUAUGUCCCCGAGGACCGUUGGCUGGUACAUUCGUGAUUUGCAGGGGGCUUUCCUGCGCACUCCUCCGAAUGCUCCAAACGGCACUCUUCCGCUGAGCCCGCACAAGUUGCAGGAGGAAGUGGCAACACUCACUUACAGGAUAACACCGAUAGUGCCUCCGUGCAAGGAUGUGAAGCUGCGUCCCUUUGUGCCAGACACAGAGUACGACAGGUACGCCGAAAUUACGCCUCGCGAGAUUACGUUCCUAGCUGGAUCGACCAGCGCCCAGAGCGUUUAUGUGGAUUUCCCGCGGAACUACAUAGUACCUGCAAACGCCGACGUUGUUGAAAUUUGGCACGAUGUCAUUUACAGCACAGGCGACCCGGAUUACGUGGCGCUGAGCCCGAAUGGCGGGGGAAGCUCGCUACCAAUUGAGAUUGUCGAGUACGAUGUCGCUGGUUUGCUGCUUGGAAACGGGGCGAUGGAUACUGUUCUCAUAGACGAGCCAUGCUCUAACGCCGUGACGACGCAAGUUUCUUCCUUGGGAUUCACGCUGAGUAGCGCACCCACAGCAGAUGUCGUCGUCUCUUUCAGUGAAAUGGACUACAACGCCACGAACAACACUUUGUUUACGCAGUACGAUCCAGUGAAUGAACAUCUCGUCUUGGGGACGACGUCUCUGACGUUCACGCCACUCAACUGGAACAUCCCACAGCCAGUAAUGGUGUCUGCCCUCAGCUGGCCCAACAUCUUGCAGUCUCGCACGGCGUACGUCUGUGCCGAUACGAGCUCCUCUGAUUUAGUGUACCAAGCGCUCAAUCAGACGUGUUACCCUGUGCACAUUUGUGACUGCGACGGGCCGUGUGGAACACUCCAACUCGGCAAUCAUACGUGCACAUUUCCGACCCCGACCGUGGUGUCGCCCACGAACAUCACCUUCCCGCAGAAUUACCUGCAACUGUCGACGUGCUUCAACAUCACGGCAGACUGUAACGGCACGUACGUUCCGACGUCUUCAUAUCCAAGUUUGAACAGUGCGGGCCACGGUUGGCUUGAUUUGUACUUCACGACGCUUCCAACAUCGGACAUUUACAACGAUGUGAACAAGGUACAACUUUUGCGAUAUUGGCCGCUCACAGUCGGAGAUGGUUGGUCCAUUCCAAACAACUCGAGUUUACGGGAGAUCGCACAGGGCGUACAAGCUCAGGUCAACGAGCUGGGAACGUACUGCCUCGGCACCGCCGGGUCGGCUUUCGUGAUUGACAACAUAAGAAAUGCCGGGCUUUACAAAGAAAAAGACCCGCCGAAAAACCUUUUCGCAAAUUCCUUUGAAAUCUUACCUGCGGGGAAUAACACGAUUGACACCGAGAUGUACUAUCUCGACUUGACAGUUCUCGUGGGACAAUCGCCUGAGACGGAUUACUACGGACUGAACUGUACCGAUGGAGGUAACUGGACAGAUCCCGGGCGCGGUUGCCAUAACGACACUGGAACGUGGCAGUACGACCCCCCUGGCUGUGAAGUCAAGCCGGGCAUUCAAGGAUAUUUUAACAACUUGACGCAAAUCAUACGAUUUACAAACAUUGCGUUUCUGGACAGGGAUAACAACUGUGAUCAACUGCGGAGACGUCGAUUGUUGAGCACCGAAAAUGGGCUCGCUCACAUGGAUCUCUAUCCCACCCGAAUACCUCGGAGAAAUCUGUUGGCGUAUCCAAACGUGACGAAUACGACGCAGGAUUUGAUGUCGGCGGUGAAUGAAAUUACAUUCACUGACACGAAUCUGAAUCCAGACGGAAGCCCGAGGAAGAUGACGACGCGUAUCGUGGAUCAAUUCGGAGCAAUCGUGGAAGGACCGCUUUUGAUCAUCGACACCGAAGGCACGAAUGAUCCUCCGAUCAUCGACAUUGAUCUGCCGAUCUUGUACACAGAGAAGGAACAGUUGGAGAUCGACGCACCUCUCCAGGCAUUCGAUGUCGACACGGUGAACUGGACCGAGUGUACGAUCGUCAUUCGUGCGCUCGGGCCUACUGAUGACCCAUUAGUACCGACAGUGCCCAUGCCAGGAGAUACUCUGACGUACAACGCGACCGCUCUCAUCAACAAGUACAUAAAUUACAACACGUCUAUGCCUCCAGGUCUCGUGGACAUCACCGCUCAGUCCUCCGACGCAUCGAGCAUAAAGCUGUCCGGCAUCGCACAGCCGGCGGCGUACUUGCGCGCGAUGCAAAGCAUUGUUCUAAGUAACAUGGGACCAGCGAUGUCAGAUGUUGAUCGGUACAUCCGCUUCUGCUGUAACGACGGGGAGACACAAAAUAACAUAGGUUGCGGAUUGAACAGAGUCAUCAUGACGCCAGUCAACGACCCUCCUACGGCGCAAGACCAGACUUUCCAGCUCCGCAAUCCUCGCAUUGAUACAUUGACAGAUGCGCAACUAACGGGCGGCGAUCCUGAAAACGAUGCCAUCACGUAUAACAUCUCAUGUGAGCCGUCCAAAGGCAAACUUACGCUCAAUGCUGCCACUGGUAUGUUCGACUACACACCGUUCCCAAACAUGGUUGGAAACGACCGAUUUGUGUAUUUCACUUGGGACACGUAUCAACCAGCGAGAGUCCUACCACGCCCUCUGCAAUCGCCGUUCAGAACGGUGGAGAUUCUCGUUGGUAACGGCAACAAUGAUCCGGUGGCAAAAGAUGGCUGCAUCGAAGUGUGGGAAAAUUCGCCGAAGAACUUCACGUUCAACGCGACGGAUGUUGAUUCGACGAAUCCUCCGGUUAAUAACGACGACAUUAUCCGGUAUCACAUUGUCGAAGAACCAGAGCUGAACCCAGCCGGCAUCACACUGCGAAACACAGGUAUCACCGGGGGUAAACGAUUCUCGGAGUAUCCGACGUUUGAGUACGCCGCGUACUCUGGAUCUGCCAUCGUACAGCGCGUGAGAGAAAAGAUGGCGAGCUCCGGGUCGAAUUCCUUCACUGGCGUGGCACAAACUCAGCUCCCUGGCUACAACGUGACAUCAUGGAAGUUUAUGGUUACUGAUAUUUCAGGACGUGUCUCUAACGUGGCGAGCAUCUGCGUGACGCUUCGUCUCCUCUCGGAGACGAAUACUGCACCGACCGCAACUCCGAUAACUCUGGAGACUGAUGAGAACGUGCCAGUGGAUGCUACUUUUGACUCAGACGACAAUGAGAGCAACGAUGCUUUAAGGCACACUCUUUCAAUUAUUGGCACCCUCGGUACACCGAGCUUGGUUGGGCUCGCUGCCAAUCCAUACAGUAAGAACUUCCGCUACGAUCCUUUCCCAUUCUACUACGGGACUGACGUGUUUUAUUAUGACGUCACCGAUCCGCAUGGCGCCACCUCAGGCAACACGCUUGUUUCUGUGAAGAUCAAUGAGAUCCCUCAGCCCCCUCAAGGCGCAUGCGGACCGCAUUCUACGCUCAAGUAUUCUAUAAACCCGCUAUUCAAUUUAAAGCAGCGCGCGGCGGAGUCAUCCAUGUUGCAGGGCUACAAUCUCAUCAAGGCCGCGACACUUCAGUACAAGCAGAAUCCGGAGCGACAGUUGGAUUUGCAGUUCUAUCAAUUCGAUCCCUUUAUCAAUGAUCUGGCGAAAUUCGACGCCGUAAUUGACGACGAGAACGUCUUCUUAUCGUGCGGGUCGUCCAAGACUUCAACUCCGCAGUCCAUGUAUCACGAUGAAAUCAAGGCUGUGGCGCUUUUAGCGUACGACGUCGAUCAAGACGUAAACAACACCAUUCGUUACGUCUUGAGCGAGUUGCCGACGAUCGCCUCGUCGGAUCCAGCGAGAGGGGCUGCUGGAUACGCCGGUACCCUUUACAAGUACGUCGCGCCUACCGGUACUUUCUUCAAUUCGACAAAUCAGACCGUGUACCAGUACACAUCUGCAUCCGUCGCCGGGCUUACUCCGUUAGCGGUCGGGGAUGUCAUCGGAGAUGCGAUCAACGGCGCAGUGCUGGUGAUUUUCGAGCCGAGGGAGUACGUGCACGGUCCGGUGACGUUCAAGUGGCGCGCGAACGAUACGAGCAUCACGCCGAACGCACAAGGAACCGACGUUUCGAUGACCAUCAACACCUUGUGCCGCGGCGGCGAGAGGAUCAACGGUGUCCACGGCGAGACGUGCGAGUUGUGUCCUGCGGGCACAUUCAACUCAGCCGGCAUUCCUGAUCAACAGACGUGUGUGCCAUGUCCUGCGGGGAGUUACAUCGGCUUGCAAGGGCAAACAGAGUGCCGUCCAUGUCCUUCAGAUACGUAUUCCGACGUCUCUGGCGCGUCAAAGUGCACAGAUUGUCCGAUAAACAAGCGAUCGACGUCAGGGAGCGACGACAACUCAGAUUGUCUCUGCGACAUCGGUUUUGUCGUGUUGAACAAGUUGAAUACAACGGAUUGCUUGCGUUGUGCUCUUGAUCGCGUCAAGUGUACCGAGUUCGGUCAGUAUCUACCGCUCCCGUACGAUGGCUUCUGGCAAGAUCCAAAUAACGGAGCUCGAAAUCUAACGUGCAUUCCGGGAGUUGCGUGCGUCGAAAAAUUCAGCAAGGAUGCAGUUCGCGCUGCGUUGUGCGCGCAGCCUCGAUUUUAUUCAAACGAAACUUCUGAUCCAGCUUACCAAGGCGAAGGGUGCAGAGAAUGCGCACCAGAUCACUAUCGCUACGCAGGAUUCUGUGAAGCGUGUGAUAAAGUGCCGGCAGUUCGAAUCUUCUUCAUCUUGCUCGGCUACUGUGCCGUGCUCUACGUCAUUUUUGAGCUCGCCACUCACAGAGCUAUUCCUGCGUUGACGAUUUUACUCACGUUCACGCAAAUCACUGCGCAGAUGCAAUAUUUCGAGAUUCCAUGGCCGAAACCUUUGGCUCGGUGGAUGCAAGUCGCAUCGUUAGCUUGUGCAGAUCUGCAACUGCUUGGCUUCGAUUGCAUCGCGAGUAGCUUUGACUACAUUCAGCGCUUCACGGUGACGAUUUUCGCUCCGUUUUACUGGUUCUGUAUCAUCGUCAUCGCCGUCAUUUUCCGCUGUUGGAGGGACAUCGUGAAGCAAGCGUACUUGGGAGUUCGCAAGCGUAAGUUAGCGGAGCGGAGACGAAAGCUAUUGGAGUUUGAUGUCGACGGGAAACGCUGGACUAAGCUGGCGAUGGAGCGCGAUGGGUUGCCGUUUGAUCGUCCGGACCUGAAGGGUAAGGGCGAUGACUACACAGUCCUGGAGAAACACUUGUACGGUAACGCGCAUGACGAAACGCUUAGAAAGCGUGCGUACCACGAGACGGUCAAAGACGCGGUCAAGUUGGACUUGGAAGACAAGAAGGGCGCUUUGAACGACGCUGAAAAGGAUACGACGCGCAAACUGCUACAAACUCAACGCGAAAUCAAAGAGUUGCAGGAACAGCGAAGAAAGAGUCACGCGAUCAUUCGAGCAAACGUCAACCGCGCGAUUCCAUCCGUCAUCAUCUGUUUCUGGUGGGGUUACAUGCUCCUGGCCCGCACCACCAUCGAGUUCUUCGAGUGCAAAACUAACACAGAGCAAGCGCUCUUAGUGGCUGAUCCCCGCGUCGUGUGCAACCAAGGUGAUCAUCUGGUGUGGAAGCCGUUCGCGCUCUUCGCAUUGAUCGUGUAUCCGUUUGGUUUGUUCUUCGCCGCACUGUUCUGGCUGUGGUUUCACCGCUCCAACUCAAAGGUGAGAGCUCGCGUGCACGUCAUCGCGAGCAAAGCUUCGGGCGUUGAUGACGACCUCGAAAAGAAAAUUACGAGGUUCAGCGAGCGUUACGGCAUGAUGUAUUCAUCUCUCCGUCCUAGCUUCUACCUUUGGAUCUGUUUCGAUUUGGGUAAGAAGCUCACAGUUGUUGCAGUAAAGGUACUCUUCCCGAAUCGAACGCUUCUGCAGUCAUUCUGUACGAUGGUACUUUUCGUCAUGUAUGGCAUCUUGUCCACGCGAAAUCCUUACGUGAGCACGCAGUUAAAUAUCGCCGAGAUAUCGGCAACAUUCAUGAACUGCCUCACUCUCAUUGCGGGUUUCUUUUUCCAACUUGGUAUCAUGAAUGAUGCUUCGGAGCAAAUCGCUACGUACGUGUUAAUGAUAGGUUUGAGUGUCACGACGGCAAUUCUGGUUUUCAUUGUGGUGAUAGAGUUUCUCCCAUGGAUGAAGCGUUUGAUGUUCUUGAUCAAGUACAACCAGCAGCGAGACAUGGCCACACCUGAUAAGGUUGGUACGCACGAGAGCGGUCCGCAGGGCAAUUCGUGUUACAUGUUCCCCUCCGAUUCGAGGCUUCGAUACCUGUGUUGGCGCGCGUAUCGUCAUCCGCUUUUUGAGCGCGUCGUCUUCCUCUGCGUCUGCAUGAGUCUCUGCUCUGUGCUCGCUGAAGUCAUUCUGUACGAAGAAAGUUUCGUAUCAGACGCCUACACAAGAAUUGUCUGGUUCGAUUCUUUCAUAAACUGGACGUUUGUUGCAGAGGCUGCGAUAAAAAUCAUCGCAAUGGGCUUCAUCCUUGGUGACGGCGCGUACCUUCGUGACACUUACAACUGUCUCGACUUUUUCGUUAUCAUGCUGCAAAUGCUUCUCUUCAUCGUGAACGUCACGGCGAGUGUGGCUGGUAUGAGGACUUUUAGAUUCGCCAGGUAUCUACGCCUCGCGCGUUUGAGAUACAUUCGACUCUUCAAGAAGUUUAUUGCUUUCAAAGCGCUGCGCGGAGAAAGGUUGCAGUUGCUCAUUCUCGAGGCGAAAGCCAAAGACCCGCCGGAGAUGGUUGAGACCAUCGAGCGUGCUCGUGUGAUCUUCGAGCCGAGAACAGCCGAGAUUGUGGAGUACCACUUGCGCGUUCUCGAGCCAGAGGUUCUGCGUCUCGCGCGCGGUCUCAUCGAUGAGAUUUAUUUUGAAAAGUUCGAUUCGAAGUUGGUGGCUCUGUAUGAAUCUCAGACGGACCCCAUCGAGCAAACGAUACAAAAGAAAUACCGGGAUAUCGUGUACGAGUGGCUUGCGGUCGUCGCGGAACCCGGGCAGAAGCGAACUUUUUUGAACACGCUUCGAAACAUUCGAGAUGUGGCGCUUGAACUCGGACCGCAGGGCAUCGCGGAUGAGAUGCUUUAUCAGCGUUACGAUUUGGGCGAAAUCAUGAACACCGACCCCUAUGAGGUUCCGCCGGGCAUGAAAAUGGACACCAGAGAGUAUAAACGAAACGUGGCCAAGGAUGCGAGGUCAUUCACGAGCACAAAGGCGAUCAUCGACAGACAGUUUGCCGCGUUCCAAGCACAGAUGCAGAGCGACGAUCAAGUCGAGGAUGCCCUCAACGCGCUUCCCGUCCACUCGGUGGACGAAGACAAGGUGCUCUCGAGAGUGCGCGACGAAGCGGCCCGGGUGAGACGCCGAAACCGCAAAUACGAUGACGACGAGGCGUUGGCGCUCAUCACCAAAAACCUUGCAUCUCUGUCGCCCGCUCAGAACGAGCCCGAUGAACCCGAGGACGCCUCGGCGGGCGCGGUGAAAUCCAAGGGUGCCCUCGCUCGCUUUAAGCGAGCGUAG